GCGUUUGCGGUUUUGUGGCUUUUAUUUCAUUCGAAGUUUAUUCCUGUUGCUUCGUGUAUCGACUUGUUUAAAAGGCUGAAAUCAUGGCUGAAGAACAACAACUCCCAUCAACUAGUGUCAUAAAAGAAUAUCGUAUCCCUCUACCAAUCUCAGUCGACGAAUACAAGAUCGGCCAGUUGUACGCUGUGGCUGAAGCAAGCAAGAAUGAGACUGGGGGUGGUGAUGGCAUUGAAGUUGUCGAAAACAAACCUAUGGAACAUAAAACCUUUGGUAAAUGUCAGUAUACGUACAAAGUCAUUCAUUUGUCGUCAAAAGUUCCUGGUUAUGUGCGUCGUUUAGCGCCGACAGGUUCGUUAGAAAUUCACGAAAAGGCGUGGAACGCCUAUCCGUUUUGUCGAACCAUAUACACCAAUGAAUACAUGAAGGACAGUUUUCAUAUUAUAAUUGAUACCUGGCAUAAACCUGGGAAUAAAGAUAACGAGAACGUACAUGAGUUAUCUGCCGAUGAAUUGAAGAAACGACAGAUCGUUGAUAUUGAUAUUGCUGCAUCAGUUGAGUCGCGGGAUUACAAGGAGGAAGAAGAUCCAACCAAAUUCCACUCAGAGAAAACCGGCCGUGGGCCAUUGGGUCCAAAUUGGCAAGAAGACAUCAAGACCCAAGAUGUGCCUGUUAUGACAUGCUACAAAUUGUAUCGUAUCAAAUUUAAAUGGUUGUUUCUACAAACGAAGGUUGAAAGCCUAAUUGUUAGUUCUGUUACCCGGUUGCUAACCAAUUUCCAUCGGCAGUUAUUUUGUUGGUUGGACAAAUGGUUUGGCUUGACGAUAGAAGACAUCCGGGAAUUGGAAGAAAAGACAAAAGCAGAACUUGAAGAGCAACGGAAUAAAGGAGAAGUUCGCGGAAUGUGCGAAACAUAGAUGCUAGACAGUUUAAUUCACAUCAAGAACCAAAUUAUUUACCUUUUAAAACUUUUACAUUCCAUUAAAGAACUAUGUAGUAUUGUAAUUGAUUAUUAUUUGUGGUCAGUGAGAAAAUUGAUAUUUUCUCUGUUGCUUUGGGAAACUUGGAAGGUUUUGUAUGUGUACAGAACUAGAUUGCAAUAAAUGCAUUGCAGGGAUUUAAUUAUCUUGUGUAUGAUAAGCAGAGAAAUGUGUUAAAAAAUAUAUGUAUUAAAUUAGCUUGUGUUAUGCAUUUACCUGCAAUAGUGGCUUGCAAAGCACUUUCCACCCACAUAAUUGUUUAAAUUUCACAUUGUAAACUAAUAAGUUAGAAAAAAUAGAAUUUGUCAUUAAAGAUUUUAUGGAACAUUUAGA